AUAUGCAAACUCCUCUCUUAUCAGGAGAGAUCAGUUCCCAAAGUGACAUGGAUAUUGUUGGUGUAGGUGAUACCUUUAACCAUGACAUCACUUGAAACCCCUGGGCAACGCUCAUGCCUUUGGGAGUGUAUUGCUGCUGAAGGGAACUGCUUGACCUGAAACUCAGACUCUCUAUGUUGAAUUUCCUUCUGCUCAAUGGGUUCAAUCAAGAAUCCCUUAUUUUUGCUGGCUUGCAUUCAGGAGCACUGAAGUGACUUUUACUUUUUUCUCCCAGCCUUUCCAUUUUUUGUUUUUUCCCUAGCCUUUUCUCUUCAUUUUCUGUCCCUACUUUGGAGGAUAACCAAAUAACUCUGUCCCUGUCAAGACAAGGAACAGAAUAUGCCUGCACAACAAGGGCCAGAGCAGGAAUCAAACCUCUCCUGGGCAGGCAGGUGUGGGAGAGCUCCUUUGCUGCAGUUGGCUUUCUGGAGUGCCAUCAGUGGGCUUUUGUCACUGUAGUGGGUAUAACUGGAAGCAGGUUUCUCUCUCUUGUUUUUCCUUGUCUUUUUUUUUGUUUGUUUUUUUUUUUGGUUUGUUUUUGGAGUCAUGCUGCAGCAAAUUUUGCGUGAUAUGUAUAUUGACCCCGAGCUCCUGGCAGAGCUGAACGAAGAGCAAAAGCAGAUCCUGUUCUACAAGAUGAGAGAAGAGCAGCUGAGGCGCUGGAGGGAGAGGGAAGAACAAGCCCGAGUGGAGGAGGCUGUGCUGAGAAAGACAGCAAGGCGCGACCAGAGUAAACGCGUGCAGUGGCUGCGGGGCAAGGACGGCGAGGUCUGGGUCUGGGUGAUGGGAGAGGCCCCGGGGGACAAACCCUACGAGCAGAUCUCGGAGGAGCUCAUAGCAGAGCGGGCCAGGCAGCAGGCACAGAAGGAGGCAGAGGAGCUAUGGAGACAAAAGGAAGCUGAAAUAACAAAGAAAUUUCGUGAUGCUAUGGCUCAAGAAAAGGCCAGAAUAGUGGCAGAAAAAUGGAAAAUAGAAAUGGAGGAUCGGAAAGCAGCCAAACUGGAGGAAGAAAAAAUUCAGGAGGAACUGAAGAAAAGAGAAGAAGAGGAAAGACAGAAAGGCGAGGAACUAAUCAGGCAGCAGGAAGAAAUCCGGGCAAAGGAGCUGUACCUGAGCCUCAAGCAAGCUCAGCAGCACAGCCAGCACAGCGACGAUGACCAGGAGUGGGAAGAACAGUUGCGCCGCUCCAAGGCUGCCGAUGAGGAGAGGAGCCACAAAGCGCGCAGGGCGCGGGACGAGUACCGCCGGCAGUCCCUGCGCGCCAUCCAGAAGGGAAGAGUGGCUGGCCUGAGCCACUUGUUCCAGGGGACAAACCUCAGCAGUGAUCAGGAGAUCAAACUGAACAACAGCAGUGCGAGUGCUUUGCUGUCUCCUGCAGCAGAGUCCAGUGCCAUCUGGGAGCGCCCUUCCCGGCCCUUCUCCCGCGAUGUCAUCGUGCGCUGGUUCAAGGAGGAGCAGAUCCCUCGGCGGGCUGGCUUUGAGAGGAACACCAACAGGAUCGCUCAGUGGUUCCAUGGCAUUAUCAGCCGUCAGGAGGCAGAGGAGUUGUUGAUGAAUAAACCUGAAGGCGCGUUCCUGGUGCGAGUCAGUGAGAAAAUCUGGGGCUACGCGUUGUCCUAUCGCCAGCAAAACGGCUUCAAGCACUUCCUGGUUGAUGCCUCGGGGGAUUCCUACAGCUUCCUGGGGGUAGAUCCAAACAGACACCCAACGCUCACAGAUCUGAUUGAUUUUCACAAGGAAGAAAUCAUCACAUCCUCAGGUGGGGAGCUACUCUUGGAGCCAUGUGGACAGCAGAAGAAUCCACCAGACUACAGCCCUUUAUUUGAAUAA